AUGCCAGAGGUCCAACGGAACUCGGUCCACGGAUUUACUGACCAUGAAAAGGCAUUAAUCAAAAAGACAUGGAGAGUGGUGUCGAACAACAUGCCCGGAGUUGGGGCGAAAAUCUUCCUGAAAAUCUUCUCGUUAAGACCGCAAGUAAAACAGAUUUUUCCAUGUCGAGAUGUGACAGGUGAAGACCUUUUAAGGGACACCCAUUUCCGGGGUCACGCCUCGAGGUUUAUGCAAGCGGUUGGAGCUGCUGUUGACAAUAUCAACGACCUGGAUCAAGCAAUGGCGCCUCUCUUGUUCGGACUUGGAACCCAACACAUUCACUACAGCGGGUUCAAGCCGGAGUACUUUGACAUAUUCAUAGUUGCAAUUUUGGAGGUUUUCGCUGAAGAGCUUGGGUCAAAAUACACGGAAGGUGUUGCAACUGCUUGGAGAAGAGUGGUAGAGUUCAUUAUAUCAAAACUGAAGGAAGGAUAUGUGCAUGCAUUGGAGAAAGAGAGGUUGGAUUAA